AUGAUCGGUUGCACGCAACCCCGUCGUGUGGCAGCAAUGUCGGUGGCGAAGAGAGUGAGUGAGGAAAUGGGCGUUGAGUUGGGACAAGAAUGCGGUUAUGCGAUCCGAUUUGAGGAUUGCACUUCGGAGAAUACGAGACUCAAAUAUAUGACCGAUGGUAUUCUGUUGAGGGAGUGCCUCGGCGAUCCGGAUUUGGAUCACUCAUUGAACACCGAUGUUUUAUUUGGGUUGUUGCGGGAUGUGAUUGCUAGACGUGCCGAUUUGAAGUUGAUCGUUACGUCGGCAACUAUGGACUCUGAGAAAUUUGCGAAUUUCUUCGGUGGUCACACACCUUGUUUCACUAUUCCAGGUUAA